AAUGUCUAGAUAAAUCAAAUUUGUUUGUUUAUAGUUUGCUUAAGACCAAGUUACAUUAAAUCAAGCAUAUGGCUGAUAAAGAACUUUUCUCUUCUGAUGAAACGAUGUUAAAAUCUUCUGAUGUUCCCUUUAUUCCUGAACCAUCAUCAGGUUACGACAUGGGUAUCAGCACUUUCUCACAGGUGAUUUUUCCCGACAUUCCUGACUUUUUUCCCCCUGAGAAAGAUGUGACAGUGUCGUACAUCCUUACUGAGAUUGAACCAACAUCCAGGGAUUGGGUCGGUUUGUUCAGGGUUGGUUGGGCCAGUCCACGUGAUUACACAACAUACGUGUGGUCGCCUAAACCUAGGUUGGAUGAAUCUGGAAAUUUGUCGCAAUGCAUAACCUUCAAAGCUUACCAGUUACCCAAGGACGACAGUGAGUUCUACCAGUUCUGUUAUGUAACACGUAACGGGUAUGUUCGUGGAGCGAGCACACCGUUCCAAUUCCGACUUUGUACGGAGAACGAUUGCUUGGUAGAAGUUGAAGAUGAAAGUGGGAUGAUCAUUUUGAAGACCAAGUCGGAUGCUCUUGAGGACCAGUUAUCCAAGGUCAAUCAAGAGAAGAAACUUCUUGAAGUUGAAAUGGAAAGUUUGAUUCAAUCAAAGGAAAACUUGGAGACGAGUUUGAAAAAAGUUUCCACUGAAUUGUCCUCUGCGGAAGAGAAAUACCGAAGUUGUGAUGACAAGAACAAGGAAUUGCAAGCUAGUUUGGGUGAAGCAACAGCAGAGCAAGUAAAACUGUUGCAACGUCUUGAAAAAGCUGAGAAAAGGAUUGAGAAAACUAAAUGUGAUCUUGCCACCGCUCAAACCACUAUAGACAAACUUCACCAAGACAUCAAGAGUUUGGAGGCUGAGGUGGCUGCUGCCAAACAAGAUCGAAUGUUGGAGAAAGUGAAUUAUGAGGAAGAGAUAAAGAUCCGUGAGUUGAUGAUGCAGGAGAAGAAUGUGGAGAUGAACGGACUACGGGAUGAGAUCAAAGUAAUUUAUUUAUUUGAACAUAAUUUUUUAAACCUCCAAUUUAACAUUUUACAAUUUGCAACUUAG